AUGGCCUAUCGUCAAUUCUCAGCUUUUAUGUUACCAUUUUUCUUGAUCGGUGUGUCAUUCCUGAACAGCCAGGAAAUUCUGGUGGAUGCUCGACAGCUUCUGGAAAUAACUCUACCGGAGAUUCCUGAAUUGCCGGAGAUACCAUCUUUUCCUAAAGUUGAACUGCCACCAUUACCUGAAUUGCCUGAACUUCCAGAGCUUGAAGUGCCAGAACUGCCUGAUUUGCUUGACAUCCCUGAUUUGCCUGACCUUGCGAAGCCCACAUUAGCUGCCAAGCCAACUAUUUCAAAGGACAUGAACCCUUUUCAUUCAACCACCAGUCCUUAA